AUGUUUGCGGUUGCCCGGAUGGCUCCACGCCUCGCCAGCCCGCUUCCACUGGCUGCAGUGCGCUCUUUUUCGACCCGAGUGGCUGCGCGCCCGGUGCCGUGCGCGUCGUUGACCCGCUCGCCGAUCGCUCAGCAGGCCCGCCACGUCCGCCACACCCGCUUUAACCGCCCGUCGCCACGCUCGCACGAGUAUGCGUCGCCGGCGCCGGCGCCGUCUGCGGGCUACGGCCAAGGCGAGGGGUUCUCUGGAUCGAACCCCUUUGCUGCUCAGGGCGGCUGGUCGCGUGCUCUCGUGAGCGCCGGCAUUGUCGCUGGCACGGCGAUUGGCCUCAACCUGUUCUUCAACCGUGAGACGCGCGACGCCCUGAGCAUGUACGAGUCGAACUACCUGAACUCGACAUUUACCUACCUGGGAGGGGGCCUUACUGUCACGGCGGGGGCUGCGUACGCGCUCCACCGGUUCGGCUACUCGGCGCGCCUGAUGACGGCGAACCCGUGGCUGGUGCUCGGUGUGGGCCUCGUUGCCUCGAUUGGUGGUAUGAUGGGUGCGCAGGCGCUGCCGCCGAGCCACCCUGCGAAGGUGCCGUGCUGGCUGCUGUUCAACCUGAGUCAGGCCGCCGUACUCUCGCCGCUCCUGUUCCUGAACCCAGCGAUCCUCGCUCGCGCGGGUCUGUACACGGCUGGCCUCAUGGGCAGUCUGUGCUACGUGGGUGCGACGGCGAAGGAGAACCAAUACCUGUGGCUCGGUGGUCCUUUGCUGGCAGGCGUCACGAUUGUGGCGCUGUCGUCGCUGGCGCCGCUGGUUCUGCCGAUGCGCUUUGCGCGCACGCUGGCUGCGACUGAGGCGAUCUGGCUCUAUGGUGGUCUCGCCGUGUUCGGUGGCUUUGUGUUGUGGGACACGCAGAAGAUUCUGCGCCAUGCCAAGCUGGCUGAGGCGGGCAUUCUUCCCGCGGACCCGCUGCGCGAGAGCAUUAGCCUGGAGCUGGACUUUAUCAACAUUUUUACGCGCCUUGUGCAGAUCCUAGCUGUGCGUGACCAGCGCCGCCGCUAA